AUGUCACUCAGUGCAUCGCAGCAAGAUGCGCUAGAGCAAUUACUGGCUGUGACAGCUUCUAACACUCCUGGAGCUCGGGAGAGGGAUGAGCGAUUACUAAGGGAGAAUGGGUGGAAUGUUCAGGUUACAGUCGAGCAGAUAUUUUCGUUAGGAUCAACAGCUUCAGAAGUACCUAAUGAUGUAUCAGCUUCGAAUUCAAGCUCGGCUCGAUCAUCUACGAGCAAUCCAAGAUCAAUACCAGCACGAUUUGAUGUUGAUGAUCAGAACCAAGAUCAAGAUCAAGAUCAUGAACUACUCUUACCUAGACAACCGGUCGGUUCGAGGAGAUUAUCAGGUUCACAAAGAUCACCUAGAUCGUCUCCUGGCACUUCGGGUGUAGGAUUGGGAUUAGGAUCAGGAUCAGGUUUAUGGGGAUUGAUCACUUGGCCCAUCUCGAUGGUCUUGGGACUAGUAGGUAAUAUGUGGUAUUUCAUCAUUCGAACUUUUAUACCAUUAUCUUUUUUACGUAGAUUACCUUCAUUCCUCUUACCUCCCUCAUCAUCAUCUAACAACUCCAACUCUGGGUCCAACUCGCAUUUAAGGACAAGACAAGAUCCUACCACCACAUCCUUAAGGUUCAUAAGAGAAUUAGAGAUAUUCACUAGAUGUUCAAACUCGACAGGUACAUUACCUGAUUUCUACAUUGGUCCAUAUAGAGAAUUUAUCAAUCAUAUAAAGAAAGAAGGUAAAUUGGGUCUAGUAGUCAUCGUCAGUGGUGAACAUGAAAAUGACGAAGAAUUCAAAAGAGAUAUUUUAUGUGAUGAGGAAUUCAUUCAAAUUAUAAAAGAAAAAGAAGUGAUUAUUUGGGGUUCUGAUAUCUCAACUAGAGAAGGAUAUCAAGUCGCUCAAACAUUAUUGCUCACUACGUAUCCGUCAUUAACAUUCAUCUCGUUACUUCCUGUACCCAAUUCAUCCACGCCAAAAUUGACCAUCCUGUCCAAUUUAUCCGGUUCACCUUCAACCACAACCAGUACAUCCAACAUCAUACAAACGUUGACCACAUCGAUCUUACCUCGAGUCACACCAUUUUUGAACAGAUUGAAAAGGGAAAGAUUAUCUUUGGAAGAAGCGAGACAUUUGAGAGCCGAACAAGAUAAAGCAUUCAAAGAAGCUGAAAGAAAAGACAAAGAGAAAGCUCAAAUACAAAAACAAAAAGAACAAUUAGAAAAAAUACAAAAUGAUAGAAUUGAAAAACAACAAAAUGAAUUGAAAAAAUAUAAUGAAAACUUGAAAUAUUGGAGAAGAUACGCUAGGAGAUGUUUAUUACCCACUUUUACUACCACUUCUACAGGAUCAGGAUCAGGAUCAGGUUCAGGUUCAGGUCUGAAAGAGGAGAGUGUAAGAGUAGCUUUAAGAACACCUUUAUCAUCAGAAAGACAUAUUAAACAAUUUAAAAUAUCAAAUUCAACGAUACCAUUAUUCAUUUUCGCUGAAACACUUUUAAUACCCUCUGAAGAUCUACCUGAAGACGAUCCUGAUACACCACUACCACCACCACCAUCAUCAGAAGAUGAAUUUGCAUUUGAACCAAAAUGGGAAUUUAGAUUAGUCACUUCUUUCCCUAGAAAAGAGAUUGAUCCUACCGAUAUACACGGUGAAGACUUUUGGAAUAUAAUCAAGAAUGCCGGCGGAGCUUUAUUCGUAGAAAGGAAAGAAGGUAGUUCUUGGGGUUUGGUAGAAGGUGAAGAUAGUGAUGAAGAGAUUAUUGACGAUUAG